UGUACAUUUGAUUUAUUGUGUUUCUUCAAUGAGAAAAUCCAAUAUUUAUAAUUUUCACUAAAAAUUAAGUGUUUUUCCAAAAUCCUCACUGCAAAUUAACAAACUACAAAUGUCAACAAACAUUCUGCCUAACUUAUAAAAUCACUUAAACCUCAUCACAAGUGCAAAAUCACUCGAAAAUUAUCAAGUUUCUUAUGUCACUCGUUUUUGCCCAAAACUGCAAACCCAAAAAUACAAAAAAAGAAAGAAGCAAUGAAAAUUAUAAAUUUGUUUACAUUUUGAUUCGCUUUGCUGUGUUCCUGGUGCUGAUAUGGUUGACCUACAUGCGAAUUAAUCAUGAAUUUGAAUUCCAGUUCCAAAAUUUAAAUUCUGCUUUUGCAUCAGUUAAUCGCUUUUUUUGGUUUUGUUUCCGCGAUGUGUAAAUAGUUUGGGAAGCGAAGCGCCAAGUAAACAACUAGAUUCGCAAAAAACGCAAAAAUCGCAGCUUUUUUUUAACGUCGCCGUCGCUCAUUGUCGUCGUCGUCGUCACCGUGGAUUUGGGGUUUUUUCUUCUUGAGUUUUUGACGUUUUUUCGAGUUGGUCUUUUUUUGUUUGUAUAGUUUUUUAAUUUCAAUUGAAAUUGGAAGUAAAUUUGUGGAAGAACUGCGCUGCUGCUGGCUGCUCUACGUUGUUUUUCUAAUUAGAUUUGUCGUCCUCGUUGUUGUCAUCGUCGUCGUCGUUCUCGUUGUCGUCGUCGUCGUGGUUGUUUGGUGCUUGGUGCUAGGUGUAUUGUGUUGGUCGGGAGUGCGAGUGUUUUGGACGCGUAAAAAAAAGAAGAAUUUGGUGGAUGUCUCAUAACAAACUGCACGCUAAAUGCUAAUAAUAAUGGAACAGCCUCGACUUUAGGGCGAGAGAGGGUUGGUUGGUUCUAGUUGCGGAAGAGGAGAAGAGAGGACGACCGACAACCUAAAACCGACGACAACGUCGUGGUUGCAUUGAAAUUAAGUGCCGAGUACUGAGUGCUGACCUCGAAGCUAUUGUGGAGGAAUCAAAAUCAAAAUCGUAAUCGGUGCGGCAGAGGCUGAGGCUGAGGCAGAUCCAACGGUGGGUGAUGUGAAGGAAAGAUGCUGGCUAGUGUAUGAUGUCUUCACAAGCUGUUUAUUGUUUGAAUCUUCAGAUACAAUCAAAUUGCGAUGAAAAUGGCAAAACUGUUUCGACUCGAACCCAAAACUCCAACGAAGUGUCCAAACAAAAUUGCAGCAUCACCAUGGACAGCAGUUCCAGUGAUGAGCCAUCGCCACUGCAAAAAGCAAUUGUCCAACACAAUUCAUCACAAUCGAUAUUCGACACUGGCCAAUCGCAUCAACAAUCGACUGGAAGCACCAAUAAUAUCAUUCUUCUGCGAGGAUCUCGCAACGAAAAUGGCCAAAUAAUCAUUCAAAACAAGCACGAUGUGAUAAGUUUCAUCAACGAAGAGGAUAAACCCUUAAUCUUACAUACGCCACGUAAGACAAAUGGUGGCGGUAAUUCGAGUACGUCCACCGGGGGUAGCGGUGGUGGUGGUGGGGGCAAUACUAUUCUCUUGCAAACGCCAAUCAAUGCAAACCAAUUGGAAUCGGUGCUUCUUCAGUCGGCGGCGUCUAUGAAGAAGGGCAAUCUCGGUGAGCGGUCUUUCCUCAUUCAGAAGCAGCCCAGUCGGACGUACACUACCGACGGCAACCGUCUCACCACAACAACAACACUCUCUGGAGCAAAUGCCAAAGGGCCGUUCAUAUUGCAAACGCUAAAGCGCUUGGAAAAGUCACAAUCAAUCCUUGUAAUCCGGAACUCGAGUGCUAAUACGAGCCACAGCAAUAACAACAACAUUUCUACUACGACUUCCAGUGAUGUUACAACUGCUGCUGGCAAUGUUAACACUGCCACAUCUACGCCACCAUUAGCCACAUCAUCGUCGUUGCCUUCGUCUUUGGCCUUCUCCAGAGUGACCACCACCCCGCAAUCAACACAAACCGGCCUGGUGAAGCAAACUUCAUCUGUGUCAGUAACAACAGGAGCAGCUGUAGCAUCUAUUCCCACUCGGGUCAAAUCUACAAAUGCCCGUUUAGGUAUUAUCCAGCACCAGCAGCAGCAUGCCAACAAUAACAACGCUCAUAAUAACAAAGGCAAUAACACCGGCAAUAACUAUAGCCGGAACCCUCGGAAUUCCCUUCAUGGAGCAGGAGGCGUUGGUUCCGGGGUUGGAACAAGCAGUGGUGGCGGCGGCGGCGCCGGGACUGCUGUGAACCUGGAUGAAGUCCAGAAUAAACUUGAAGCAGCGGGACAGCAAAAAAAGACGAAUGUACCUCUUGGGAGUGAUGGUGAACCUAUUAAACUUCCGGACAAUCUUGAAAGUUUACCACGUGCCGAUAGUUUUCCAUCUCAACGACAUCGUUGGAACACAAAUGAAGAAAUCGCAGCGAUUCUUAUCAGCUUUGACAAACACUCUGAGUGGCAGUCGAAGGAAGUCAAAACAAGACCAAAAAGUGGAUCAUUGCUCUUGUAUUCGAGAAAAAAGGUUCGUUACCGACGUGAUGGAUAUUGCUGGAAAAAAAGAAAAGACGGAAAAACUACCCGGGAAGAUCAUAUGAAACUUAAAGUUCAAGGAACCGAAUGUAUCUAUGGAUGUUAUGUCCAUUCCGCAAUUCUGCCAACAUUCCAUCGCAGAUGUUACUGGCUGCUACAGAAUCCGGACAUCGUGCUCGUUCACUACCUCAAUGUUCCUUAUCCAGAUGAUAAUAAAAUGGCUGUCAUAGCACCUAGUCUGACACUUUGGGGUGACAAAAAAGAAUGGACAAAGGAGGAGUUGGUUAGUCAAUUGAAACCAAUGCUUUCAACAGUGUUUAGUGAUGAGGAUUCAGACUCUGGAAAUGAUAUUGAAAUAUCGAAUGCUGAAACUGUAGAAUCAAUAGUUAGUCAAUUAAUGGAGAAACAACGAUUAGCCCGACAAGCAGCUCUUGUCAAACAGCUUGAAUGUGGCUGUCCAGACUCAACUUGUGCCGAUGGCAAGUCUUGUUCGCAUCCAAUGCGACGAAUUGGCAUCAUGAAGACUCUGUCGGAUAAACGGAAUGAUGCAUAUAAUCAAGUAACUAGUACGACGCCUAAUGUCCUGAUAGGAGCUAAGCUCUAUUCACGUUGGCCUGAGAGAAAAAGUCGCCUUGAAAUGGUUACCGCCGAAGCUGUAGAGCAUCACGAACGCCAAAAUGGAGAAAUCAAGUUCCAAGUGAUACCAUCUCACAUGGAACAACAGCAGCAGCAACAACAACACCAACAGCAUCAACAAUUUAACAUUACUCGCCACACUCAAAUGUUUGCCGGUCGUAAUAAUCUUAUUGCAACCCCAACACAAGGCCCUACCAGUGGCGGAGGAGGAGGGGGUGUGAGUGGUAGUAAUACUUCUAAUGUCAAUGCUGGUAACUUCAAUCAACAGAGUUUCGCCAAUGCGUCUAAUCAAAACAAUCAAAUGAAUUUAAAUCGCAAUAACAUAAAUCAUAUAAUAAUCAACCAACAACAACAGCAACAGCAGCAGAGUCAUCUGGUGGGGGGUGUAGGUAACAAUAUUAUUACCACCACAAAAACAGUAACCACAUAUUCUGGUUCCAAUACGAAUUCUGGUGCUGGUUCUGGGACUGGUACGGGAAGUGCUUCUGCCACCCACAAUAGUAGUCAAAAUAAUAACAAUAACAACAACAGCACUCAGCAGCAGCAGCAAUUAUCGGUUAUGUCGCCUCAGCAAAUUAGUUUGCAAAACUCCAAUGAACGAAAUGAAUUAAAUAAUAAUAACUCGAUAAAUCCCAGUCAGGGUCACCUACAACACCAACAAUCAUCCCAGCACCAGCUUCAACACCAUCAUCACCAACACCACCAGCAACAGCAGCAGCAGCAGUCACAAAAACAACAAACCAAUGAUUUAAAUAUGUCGUUAGGAGGAAACCCAUCCUCAUCAUCUCAAACUGAGCACCAUUCAUUCAAGCAACAGCACCAGCACCAGCAGCAGCACCACCAACAGCAGCAGCAGCAUCAACAUCAUCAUCUUCUUCGUGCCUCUUUGGCAUCAUCGACGACACCGUCAAUCACCACCAUUUCAGGCGUAGCAGCAGCAGCAGCAGUAGCAUCCACAUCGACCCAUUCAAAUAAGAGCCAACAACACCCUAACUCUCAUUCCCAUUCCCAUCACCAACAGCAAUUGGACCAGCAACAGAGCCAACAGCAGCAGCAGCAGCAACUCAACACCCAUCCCCAUUCUCUUCACAUUCACCAUCCUUCGCAACAACAACAACAAACGUUAAUUGAAUGUAAUGACAUCAAUCAGGGGCAGCAGCAGCAAUCAUCGAAUCUAAUUAGCAAUACUUCGGAUGACAAUGGUAAUAGAAUGGGAAGUGAUACUGGGACAGUCGUCAAUGUGGUUGGUGAUGUGGGCAGUAGUGCUGGUGGUGGUGGUCAAGGGAGCCAGCCAAUGUCUACUGACCUAGGUGGUUCUAUGCUUAAUUUGUCCCAGGAUGCAGAGCAUUUACUAGAUACAGAACUAGACGUAAGCGAAACAGGCUUCCAUGGAUUGCAAUCAAGUUGCGGUGAUAGUUCAGCAAAUAAUGUAAUUUCCGCCAAUCAAUCCUCACCGUCGUCGUUGCAAGACAAAAAAGAACAAUCUCCGUCCGCCGCUUCGGAACGAACAGCAACAUCGGAUGUCAGUGAUUCGCUGGCAUUUUUCAACGAAACCCUUGAUCUGUCUCAAGAGGACAUCCAAAGGACACUAAUUGCAAAUAUGCCAUUUGGUGGAAGUAGCGAUGUUGUGGUCAAUAAUCACCAUGAUGAUCGUGUAACUUCAGAUUUGAAUCCUAUGGAUUUUAUUGCGAACGUCUGUGACGUAACGAACAAUGGCAAUGCUAAGCGCAGUUCCAGAGGUGGAGCAGGAGGAGUUGGUGGCAAUGGCAUUCAUGAUGACGAUGAAAAUGAGGAUGUUUUUGUUAAUUUGGAUGCAUUCGAUAUGUUGGUGGAAUUUCCUGAAUUGGAAUUCGAUGGCAAACAUGAAUCUGAGUCAAGUUUGUCAUUCGACAGUAGCUUGUCGAGAGUUUUUUCGAAUUCAAAUCGAAGAAUUUUAACAAUCAGUGAUUACAGCCCCGAGUGGGCUUAUCCAGAGGGAGGAGUGAAAGUUCUAGUCACUGGACCAUGGAAAUUGUCCAGCACGUAUACGGUUCUGUUUGAUUCUGUGCCAGUUCCGACGAUUCUAGUGCAAGAAGGUGUUCUGCGGUGCUUCUGUCCGGCUCAUGAAGUCGGUUUGGCUACUUUGCAAGUGGCUAGCGAUGGCUAUGUCAUAUCGAAUUCAGUUAUAUUCGAGUAUAAAUCUAGUCCGAAUCCAGAGGCGACUUUUGAUGGCACUACCAAUGAUUGUCUUUAUAAAUUCACACUUUUGAAUAGAUUGUCGUCUAUUGACGAAAAAAUGCAGAUCAAAAUGGAACCAAAGGAAUCUCCUGAAGAUGCUGCUUUUAUGAUGCAAUCAAAUUUUGAAGAGCGUAUGGUCAACUAUUGCCAUCAGUUGACAAAUAAAUUAUGGCGUUCUAAUGCUCCUGUAUCUUGGACUUCCAGUGGAUUCAAGGGAAUGACGUUACUACAUUUGGCAGCUGCCUUGGGAUAUGCAAAGUUGGUGUGUGCAAUGCUUAAUUGGAGAACCGAGAAUCCAAAUUUUAUUCUCGAAACUGAGAUUGAUGCUUUGAGUCAGGAUGUUUAUGGAUAUACUCCAAUGACUUGGGCUUGUGCCAGAGGACACACGGAAACAGCUUUAAUUCUUUAUAAAUUCAAUCACAAUGCAAUGAAAAUCAAAAAUCUGUCCUUACAGACACCAAUGGAUGUUGCUAAAUCAAAAGGAUUCAAAUAUUUAUUGUCUGAGUUGUCACGCUUAGAAAAUGAGAAGAACAAAAAUCGUAAUGAUUUAAGCAUCUCGUAUGAUUUGAGCAAACAAUUAAAACAAAAUUCCAAUGAUUUGGUAAAUGGUCAAACCAUCAAAGAUGAAAUAACUGGAAGUAAUAAUUCGGAUAAUUCAUCGGAUAGUCAAAAUACAGACGCGAGUGAUAUAAAUCGAAGUCAUGAUGGAGUUUUUCUAAGGCCUAUUGCUGUAGCGAGCAAUCAAAGUCCACCCACAAAUAGUCGAUAUUCUAAAAGAUCAUCCAUCGACAGUGGAAUAAACAUGGAUAUGAGAUCAUUUAAUAAAUGUGGAAAACCUUUUAAAGAUCAAAAUAAGUUAACAAGUUUCGAUUGCAACGAUAAUUACUCUCUCUCAGUAGAUUCAACAUUUGAUGGAUUCUCUGCAUUGACCAGUUCCAGUUCUCUUCUAUCGCCCUUAAGAAAAAUGGACUUUGCUCUAUGCGAAGUAUCAACGUGUAGCUCAAGUCCAUUGGCCGAAAAACAUGAUGGAGACAUUUCAGAUAACGAUGAAGAUCCUGACGUCCAAUGUAAAAAAGAUUCCGAGGCGAGCGUAGGGGAAUCAGAUGCUAAGGUGUUGACCCUAGCCGAACACAUUAUUGCAGCCAUGCCAGAAAGGAUAAAGAAUGAAUCCGAUGAAAUGAUGAUUUUGGGCAGUCCAAUGUCUGAGUCGCUCCAUGGUGACAAUUCUGGAAUAAGCAACAUGCAGGAUAGCUUCAUGGAUCCUUUGCUAGAUUCCCUACCCAAUACACACUUUGAUAAUGAUUUUAAUUUCGACUUUAGCGAUCAUAAUUAUCGUUAUCACGAUGUUAGCACACCGUGUUCUAGUUUAAGCCCGGCCAGUUCAGGUCCACUUCAAUCACCAGCAAGUUAUUCUAUUCCUCCAGAUCCGCCAAUGAAUUCACCAAGUCCGCCACCAUCAACAAAACAAUUAACUGAAUUUCUCCAAGCAUCGAACAACGCUCAGCGACCAUUUGAAGCUGAUUUUUCAAAACUUACUUUGACUGAUAGCGAACAACGAGAAUUAUAUGAAGCUGCAAAAUGUAUACAAAAAGCCUAUCGAUCCUAUAAGGGUCGUCAGAAGAUGGAAGAACAAAAUAAAGAACGUUCAGCUGCAAUUGUGAUUCAAAAUUAUUAUCGACGUUAUAAACAAUACGCUUACUUCCGUCAAAUGACAAAUGCUGCUUUAGUUAUUCAACAUGGCUAUCGGUCUUAUUGUAAAAAUAAAAGAUUCAAAAAAUCACCACACUCGAGUAGUCUCUCGUCCGGGAAUAAUUUACAUUCUAGUUACAGUGAGAGUUCGUCCCAAUGUCUAUCUAGCUAUUUCUAUCAACAACAAGAUAUUUCACAACCGACCACUCCAAAAGAAACUAGUCCUUCAGGACCUUUAAAGAGAACUUAUUCACAGUCAACGCAAAAUCAAGCUGCCAGAAAGAUUCAACAAUUUAUGAGACAAUCGAAAUUAAACAUUUGGGAUGGCAAUGUAUCCUUAUUGACUUCAGAGAGAACGAGCAGAAAAAGAGAGGCUGGUGCACCAACGCAGGGAGGAAUACCUCCAAAACUUGCAGUAUCGAGAGCAACUGGAAACUGCGCACAAUCAAGGACAAAGUGAAAUGCUGUGAUUCUCAAUGAUGCUUCCAUAAAAUGGAAGUCACACAACUUACCCGCAGGGAAAUGGAAAACUUUAAUGUAUAUUAAUAAGAUAUAAUGUAUAAUCUUACAAAAACAGAAAAAUCAAACUCUCUUCAAAAAUUGUAUAACUUUUAAUUCUAAUUCUUCUUAUAUACAUUACAAAAAAAACUUAAAUAUUUAACCUAUAGUCUUAAUUGAUAAAGUUAAAAUUUAAACUCUUAUUAAAAAAAAUAUUGUAUUGUAGUUUGAAAGUUAGUGCGAUAAUAUCCUGACACAAUAUAAAUAUAUAUUUUUUCGGUCUUUUAUCACACCUCUAGUAAAAAAUAAGUCCUAAAUGGUAUUCAGAGAAAAAACCAAAACACAUAUAACUUUCACUAUUUAGGACUUUAAAAAAAGUAUCGCACUGUUUUCUCUCUCUUUCUCUCUAUCUAAUACUGUAUCUUCGUCUUUAUCUCUUUAUAAAUUAAAAACAAAAAUUAAAAAAAUUAAAUAAAAACAAAACGAAAACUACAACUACUGCUAAAUAUAAUAAAAAUAUAUAUGCCAACAAGUUCUUAACUUAAAUUAAAACAUAAAUCUUCUUAACUGUGAUUAACAGUUGAAACAUUUAAAUAAACAAAAACAAAUAAAACUAUUAAAUAGUCUUCUUAACCAUUUCAAGUAGAUAUGAAUUUUUUUUUAUUUAUAUAAAUUUAUUUUUUAAUAAGAUUUUAUUAUCCUUCCUCUUGUACAAUUCAAUUUUUUAAAAAUAUUUUUAAAUUUUAUUCUAAAUUAUAUAUGAAUCAAAAGAAACCAAAAAAUGGCAUAAACUGCUUAAAUUUUGUUUUUAAACAAUUUAAAAAAAAAAAACAAAAAACAACCACACAACAAUUGUAAGUUAUUCGCUUUAAAUAUUAAAUCAAAUAUAAAUUUAUGACAGACAAAAUGAAACUACUUAAAUUGUAAAAUUAUAAUAAAAACAAAAUGUAGAAAUAGUUUUAUUUUUUUUUUGUAACUUAACGUGUAAAACCUAAACGUAAAUUUAUGGGAAUUUUUCAAAAAGAUGAAACAAUGAAAAUCUUAAAAAUCUUUUUAAAACUAAAUUUAACAUUUAAAAAAAAAAAAAGAAAUUGCUUUUUGCACUUUUGAAGUAGACUUUCAUAAUGAAACAUUUCAAAUUAAAACAAACAAAAAAUCUUAUAUUUAUAUAUAAUUAAAAAACAAAGGUAUAAAAUUAUAAUGUUUAAAUAAAAAUUACAUGCAUUUUAGAAAUGCAUGAUAAAAGAUUAAAAUAUAAUAAAAACCAUAGUGAGAUAAUCGAGAUUAAAGAGAAAAACAGAUUAAAAAAAAAACAAAAAACAUUUAGAAAUAUAUAAAAAAAGAAAAGUAAGAACAUUAAAGUUGUUUUCUUCCGUCCACAUUGUUAGCUUUCAUAAUGUUAUAAUUAUAUUAUAAUAGUUUUGGGCAAAUUAUACCUCACUUUUAAAAAGUAUUGAAUUUCUUGUUUUUUGAACACGAUGACAAUGUAGAAUGGUAGUUUUCUUUUUGUGACUUGUAUUUUUUUAAAUAAUAAUAAUAAAUAAUAAUUGUUAAUAAAUAUGUAUUGUUAAACAAAGAAAAGAAAAACAAAAUAUAUAAUAAACAUAAAAUAUAUAUUGCAUUAUGAUACUAAAGAUUUAUUAUAAUCGAAAGCAUUUAAAAAAAAGCAUAACAUCAAAAACAAAAACAUUAAAAACCUAAAAAUCAAUGGUAUUAAAUUCCAUGAGUAUGUUAUUUUGUUUUCUCAUUGAUUGAUGAAAAUAUGAAGAAAAGUUUCAUGUUUUAGUUUCAUUGUUAAAUAAUAAUUCUAAGAUUAUUUUACGUUUUAUUUGAAAAGAAGUAUUAUACUUUUGAUAUCAUUUUAAAUUGUUGUUGUUAGUAUUUGUACUUAUCUAAACUAUAAACUUGUUGUUGUGUCUAGAAUUUUAUAAUCAUAUUUCUUUAAUGUUUUAUGUUUACUUAAAUAUCGGUUCCGUAAAUUCAAUUUUCCUACUUAUCUUAUAAUUAAUGGAAAUACGAAUAUCGAAAAGAUUUCUUCCGUAUACAGUAAAUUCUUUAAAUGUGUCCGUUGCGAGGCAUAGGUUUUUAAAUAACAACACAAAUAGUAAAGCUAAUUUUUAGUAGAAAUAAAAUAAAAGAUUUUUUGCUUAGAAGAAGAGAACUAGUAAAAUUCUUCAUUGCUUUUAAUCAUUUCCAUAAUGUUUAUAUUUUGUUUGUCUCUUCCACAAUCAAAAUAGAACUUUAUUCAAGGUCUAAGUUGUUUUAUUUGUUAUCUGCUCUAAUUUAAAAAAUACCCAUUUACCUCACCCAAAACAUUGAUAUUCUUAUUGUAUUGGCCUUAAACGAGUUUUUGUUAAACUGGUAGUGAGUACUCCACCUUUAUGAAUAAUACAGCCUUUUAAUAUAGUUCAAUAAAAUUUCAAACUGACGACUGCCUUCAUGAACUGUAAACUAACCAUCCUUAAGUAUAUUUGCUUCAGCUUUUAUUUUGCGCACCGAGUGAAUAGGUGCAUCAUCGUGUUGAUAUGCCAAGCUUUAGGGUAAACAAAUGAUAGAUCAUUUGUAAACAAUUCUUUUCAAGAUUUCCUUUUACCAGCUGCAGUAACUUUUGAUGAUUCAGUUGCUCCAUAAAAACUGAGGCUUUAAAAACUCUUUUAUUUUGUCAACAUUUGAAAAUAAAAUUUGAAGCCAUAAUCCUGAAUAUAACUCUCAUAUCUGGGCUGGUGCUCCAGUAACUUAUUUUAACCACUUGGACGGUAUUCAAAGAAGAGCUUUUAAAUUGAUUGGUGACAUUAACAUCAUCAAGUCGUUUACGUCACUUAAACAUCGACGAAAAGUUUCUUGGUCAACCUUUUUUAACGUUAUUUUGAAUGGACUAUGCUCUAGUGAAAUAGCCAGUUACAUUCCUCCCUUCAAACAAUUUAACCGUAAUACCCGAGCUUCUAAGAAUGCCCAUCAGUUUACCCUUGGCCCAAUUUCGGCCGUACUACGCGAAUGUGUAAUGCCUUGCCACGCUCUAUCUUUCCCUGUCAUUGAAAUGUUCUGGAUACAACCCUCCCCUCUUUUCCUAAUGCUCACACUGUGUCUCUAGCAUAUUAAAGUUAUACAAAAAAUAAAUGGGUUUUCGUCUGAAACCUAGUGAUAACAUUCUUUUUCUAGCUUAUUGAAGGCUUCAAAACUCUGUUCGCAUAAAUAUGCCUAUUUCGUCAAGCAUCGCAGUUUUUUCUUAAGUUCCAUUCGCUUAAGAUGGCUUAAUUUUUUGGUAACUUUUAAAAAGCGUUGAGUGACUUGCGUUGACGCUGACUCAAUUUUAUUUUUACCACAGAAUUAGAAGAAUAUGAUGAACACCUUAUAAUUUCUAGUCUUUAAGCUGUGGUUAUAGCUACUUUUUUUUACUUCCCUUCAUGUUUUGACUAUACUAAUCUUAAUUUUUUAAGUAACAAAAAGAUAUAUUGAAACUUCGCUCAAUUAUAUCAGCUUUUGCACCUUCGUUUUGGUCUUGCUUUCUAAGCAUUUUAGAUUUUUAAUCACUAGGUACUCAGGCCUGUAGAUCUGUCCCAAUAUCUCAACCCUUAAAACUUUGUUUUCUCCAACAUAUUAUGUUCUAAUGCUUUAGAACUUUUAGAACAAGACUUUUCUAAGCCUUUUGACCAACUUUACCAUGGAAUAAAAAAGCUCUUGGUUUUCACCAUUUUUUUUAGCUUGGAUCAAAUCAUACCUUAAAAACAGGGGUGGAAUCGGCUAAGAUGAUAGUUGAACAUCAAUUUUUUGAUAGUCAAAUUGAUUAUAAUUUUUAUUCCGUCUGUGUAAGAUGAUUCAAUUCAAUUAAAUUCGAUUGAAAAAUUUCUAAAUAAAAGCUUUGUCGGUCACAGGAAUAUGUUUUUUUAAAGAAACAAAGUGAACUAAGAACAUUUUCCAGUCGUUUGUGUAAGCGUCUGGAAGCUCUAUUCGGAAUAAACAUAUUUGUUUGAAAACUAAUAUCACAUUUUUUUUGUGACAGCUUUUUAGGUAUCAAUUUGACUAUCAGCUUAUGUAGAUAAAAUUCGAUCAUUUUGAUUGUCAUUUAUCAACAAUCACCUUAGCCGAUUCCACCCCUGGUGUUCCCCAGGGUAGUCAUAUUUGCCCUUUUCUGUUUAUCCUGGCUAUUAACGACGUAUCGUCAUAUCUGUGCUCAAGUGAAAUUCUAAUUUUUGCUGACGAAAUGAAGGUUUUAAAAAUAAUAAAGUCCACUUAUGAUCGUAAUCUUUUACAAGUCGUCGUUGAUAGUUUAACAUUUUGGUGUGGGAAAAACAACUCAACCCCUUCAAAUGCAAGACGAUAACUUUUACUAAAAAACGAACCGGGAGUGUAUUUGAUUAUUGAAUAUGUAUUAAGGGGUUCAUUUCUGUUCCAACAUAGAAUUUUCAUAUCACAUUAAUUUUAUUGUCAAUAGGACAAGUUCUAUGCUUGGUUUUAUGAGACGCUGGACAAAGGAGUUCAAAUAAUUCCUAUGAUACUCUUUCUUUUUACAAUUACCAUGUUCGUCCUCAUCUUAAAUACGCUUCGAAAGUAUGGACACCCAUAGAAAACGUAUUUAAUCAAUUCAACAUAAUUUUAUUCGUUUUGCCCUAAAGAGUCUUUGGGAUGAUCCUUAUGAUCUGCCUCCCUAUAAAUAUUCAACUUCCUCAAAUGCAAUCUCUCCAUGAAAGGACAUAAUAUUUCUUCAUCAACUCAUUAAUGGUGAAAUUGAUGCACCUUAUUUCCUAUCUUGUGUACAUUUGAAUUUCCGAGGUGGAACCUAUCACCUACGAACAUUGGACUUCUAAAGAACUAUGUAACUAUGCAACUCUGUUGCUGCUGUGAAACGAAGACAUCUUCAAAUUUUUUCGCCCGUCUUUUUGCAAUCGAUUUUACUUCUGUUCCGCUUCAGCGUUGAUCACAUCCAAUUAAUUAAAAUAUAAAUCUUUAAAUACUUUUAAGUUUAACCAUUUUCAAUCGUCUUUUUAUUUCGGGUACUAAACUUAUCGUAGUACCCGUGGCAUGAUGGUUAGUGCGUUGGACUGUCAUGCCAGAGGUCUUGGGUUCGAUCCCUCCCUAUGCCACCGAAAGUCUUUUCACGGGUACUGCCUCUUGCGAGGAUUUGACAAAUUCUCCAAGAGUAACUCUUGUCAUGAAAAAGUGCUUUCUCAAUUUAGCCGUUCGGAUUCGGCUUAUAUAAACAGUAGGUCCCCUCCAUUCUUGACAACAUUACUCGCACACAGGAAUGUUUGAGAGUUGUAAGUCACUAGGCCCUGGUUCUCAACAGACUGUUGCGCCACCCAAUUUAUUUAUUUUUUUACUAAUCUUAUAAGUUUUGGGUAUGUGUCAUUCGUUAUCGUACAUUGUCCACGUUCUGUCAGGCCCGUCUCUCUGUUUGCCGCCUCAGGUCCGUAUCCUACACAACUAACACAUGCACUUAUGAUGAGCUUCUGAGGAAAAAAUGAAACUAUAUUCAAUUAUAACAGAUAUUAUAUUUUAUGUUGUUAAAAAUGCUAUUAAAUAUUUUAGAAAAAACGAAACUUUUCUUCUUCAAAUAUUCACAUAUCCAAAAGAAUAUGUAAAUCAAUGUACUUAAAUUAAAAAAAAAAAAACUAAUAAAUUAUAACCAUUUUAAACAUUUUUUAUUUUUUUUUGUAAAUAUUAUCAAAAAUAAAACAAAAAACUUAGCCUAAAAUAAAAACUCCUAUCGAACUGAAAAUCAAUAUUCACUCAACAAUCAAUAUGUGCAAUUUUUAUCGUACUAUUAUUCCUUUUUAUCCCAUUUCCCUUUAAAAAAAUCCCCCUCUUCCUCCCCCAUUAUACCUAGAGUAAAGACUUGUUCAAACAAAAAAUUAUAUAUGUAUAUCUAUAUAAAUAUAUACAUAUAUAGAUACAUAUAUAAACAAAAACAAAAUAUAAAAAUCACAUUAAAACUUCUCUUUUCUUUAGAAAUGUCUAAAUAAAUAAAUUUCUUCCACACAUCAUGUAUUAUACAAAACUUUAAAAAUAAAAUAAGUAAAACUGAACCUCUAUGGCAAUAUUUUGUGAAGAAACAAAAACAAAAUAGUUUAAAAAUAGUAAAAUUUUAUUAAAACAAAAAACAAAAACAAGUAUAUAUCCAAUUUAUACGUAUAUAAAACAAACAUAAAAACAAGGAAAGAAGAAAAUCUUUAAAACUAGAAUUUAAAUUAAAAAUAAAUAAAAUACGAAUUCAAAAAUAAAUAAAAUCACGCAAGGUAAAUUAAAUUUGAAAUUUAAACAAAUUCAAAAAUAAAAAACAAAACCAAUUACUUAUGAAAGUGCUUGUUAGUUGCUAAUGAGUCGUACAAUUGCUUUAUGAAUACAAAAACAAAAAACAAAUAGAUUUUAAACCAAAUGAAUUUUACUUCAACUAAAAAUAAAAUCAAAAUUAAGAAAAAUAUUCUCAUUUUUUUUUAAAAUUGAAUUUGAAUUUUAUUCACACAGUGAAAUUCACAAAAGAAAAAAAAAGAACAAAAGUCUUUAUAAAAAUUAAUUUAAAAAAAAUUAUAUAUAUAUAUAUUAUAUUAUAUAUUUAAAUAUAUAAUUAUUACCUAAGUACCUAAGCCAUUUGGCAAAAACAGUAGUAAUUUAAUUUAAAUUAAACAAAAACAAAAAAAAUAUAUAUAAAUAAAUUACAAAUAAGAAAAACAAAAACUAAAAAACACCAAAAUUAUUAAAAAGCGAAAUCAUACUGAUUCAAAAUUUAGCUUAUGACUAAUUAUAUAUGUAUUGUAUAUGUACCUUUGCAUAGACAUACCUAUAUUCUAUAAACAACAACAACAAACAUUAAAAAACUCAUUUAGAUUGUUAGCACUAAGCGUAUCAAUAUUUUUACUAAAAUUACCACAAAAUCAGAGAAAAACCAAAAAAUAUCUAAUAUCUUAUUAAAUUAAAAACUUCCAAUUAAAUUAAAAUUUAAAAAACACUUAGGUUAAGCAUAACUCAUCACAGUCGAUCUCAUCAUGGGGCAACUCAUCACAGCUUAUACACUGCCAACCUCUAGGAUGAGGCCACACAUUUUGGUAUAGAUUUUGGCUUUUUAUAGCUUUUGGAAGUGUGGUACCCGGAAACUUGUACUACCUUUGAAUAGGUACGAAUUUCACAAUUACAAAUUUUUACAAUUUAAGGGUAAAUUGGAAACGAGCCUUGGAAUUCCCCAAGAUCAGAAAAUAAAAUACUCAGAAAGGGUUUAAAAAAGUGCGUCACUACGAUGAGGACACAUGCAAAAUUUUAGAAAAACACGAAAUAUUGAAUGAAAUAUUUACAUGUUAUGGCUUAGCAACAUUAGGUUAGGUUAGGACAUAGCGGAUAACCGUGAUUAAGUAGGACACACUUAGGCCAGUUUAUACGACAUGAUUCUUGAGGCUUUCUUCUAAGCUCAAUAAAACCAGUUUGAGUUCAUUAAAAAACGUGGACUCAAACCUAUUAGACAGUGUCUGGGGCCCUACUCUGUAAUGCGUUUCGAAAGCCAAUUCGAUUUGAAUAUGAUAUUCGAUUGGUUUAUAAAUUCGUACUUUGUAAAAUGUUAGAAUCGAAAAAAAAAACAAUCAUCUAUUUAUAGAAUAGAUUUGCCGCGUCUUGAAGUAUUUCUCAUGAUAUGUGCCAAAGCAAAAAUACAAAACAAAAUCUAAACAAAUCACAAACAAGACGAGUGAUGGGCACACAUGAAUUCCACCAUUUUUUCAAAUUGCUUUUGUUUGGUAUUCCCAUUUUUCACUGAUGAUUCCCUGUAAUGAAAUUUAUUUGCUCAAAUUUUGGAUAUAAUUAUUAUGUCCUUAAAACUUAACACAAUACUAAACUGUUAUGCCAUUUCCAUUAAAGAUGUCCGAAAGCUAUGGACUGUUACACAUUUAGAAAUUUAAUAGCGGCCUGACUAUUUGAGAAAAUACGGAUAUUAGAUAUUGAUACAACGUUUUCUUUAAGUCAGAACAAGACUUCGUUUAUCGCCAGAAGUUCCGACUGGAUCACGCUACAAUGAUUGGGAAGGUGGACUUAAUUUCAGUCAUUCAGAGUACAAUUAUGUUGGAUCCAUCUGCGUAAAAGUGGACUGAAUCGUCUUAAUGGAAUGUCGGGGUUACGGUAGUCUGUGUGCUUUGGAAUUGAUUGUAAUUACUUAAGAAUUACGGAGUGUCCAAUAUUGUUGUUAAUCCAAUUCGACGAAGCUUUGAGGCUAAUAGCAGAGCUUGCAGCUAUUUGUUCGCUAAAUAAAUCCAGAAGUGUUGGGUAGAGUAGGGUGUCCAGUGCCACAGAUGGGGUCGUACGAAGCGAUCCGCUUAUACAUAGACAAGCUGAAUGUUGGACUUUAUUUAGUUUUUCCGGGCUUAUAGCAUUUUCUAAGACAAUGGUGGAUUGCUGCCACACUGUACAUUAAAAUCGGUUUAAUGACCGAUGUGUAUAGCCAAUGCGUGAUUCGGUGUUUUAAGCCCAUUUUAUUACCAAUAGCUUGUUUGCAAGAAAAGAAAGCUACAGUUGCUUUUUUGACGCUUUCUUGUAUAUUGUACUUGUACCAGGUACUUAGCCUCUUCUGAAAACUUAAAUUGGAUUCCUUUAAUAAAGGGAGCGUAAACAAAUGGAAUUUUAUAUUUCCUCGAAAUUAGGACUAAUUCGGUUUUGUGUGGGUCAAGGCCCAGUCCACACCGAUCAACCGAAAGCAUAAGCCUGCCUUAGGAAUAUGGUUAGAGUUCUUUCAGGAUGUAAAGAUGCUUUUCUGAAACCAGCAUAUGUUUAUAAUGUUUUUAAACAUCAGUGAUGAUUAUGUAAACCAUUUUCGGAUAUAACCUGUAUAAGACGGUCUAACAAAUGGAAAUGGAAAUAUUCAUUUUUUAAUAAUCACAGACAAAAAUUGUUUAAGGUGUUUUUGUCUUCGAAUUGCCUGCCAACUCCAUAAGCUUUAUGAAAAAGUCAUUUCCAAGGGUUUUAAAUUGUGUUCAAGUGCGCUGAAUAUAGCGGGUAUGGUAAAAGUUCCACGUCCUCUAAUUGAAUUCAACUUCUAACAACAAUUGAAGUGUGAAUGAUAUAGGUAUUGUACUUAUAUAUGAACGGCUAUGAUGUCUUUCCAAAAUAGAUUCCCUUCUUUCUCAAAUAAUGGGAAUACAAGUUGAAACCAACGCAGCGGCCCGCCAAGGUUAAACUUUAUUUCACCCGAAAAGGCAACGCGCUUUCAUUCAAUGCUUCAAGUCUUCAAGUUAUGUACUUGCUGCAAAAUGUGUUUAUUUUUUAGUUUUAUUCUAAAGAUAUUAUCACUUUUUUGUAAAGGUUAAAAAAUAUCUUUCUUCCAGUUUUUUGGUCUUUAUUCAAUGCUUUGUGAAAAGUAUUACAGUGAUCGGAUUUAUUUCCAAUACGAGCCGUUUUGUUCCAUAAUCAGUUUUCAUCUAGACGGAAACUUCGUUGAAGCCUCCCUUCUGUUUGCGAAGAACUCAGACAGCCAUUUUUCACAAGCCUCCUUUCAGUUCAGCUUAAAACCACCAAGGGCGUUCGCCAUAGACAGGCACAGAUGGUAAUACUUGGCGCUAUGUCUGGGCUAUAUGAUGGAUGCGUUUAAACCUCCCAUUCAAGCUCCCGUAUCUUCUAACGAGUCAUGAACGAAGUGUGUGUUCUGCUGUUGUCCUGGUGGAACACUACACUUUUAGUGUUGAAGCCAAUUCUAGACGCUUUUGAUCUAUCGUCUGCUUCAAGCGGUCUAGUUAUUCGCAGUUUAGUGGUAAAAUUAAGCGUCUCGCCAUAUUAGAGCAGCUCAUAGUGGAUGAUUCCCUUCUAAUCCCACCAAACACACACCAAAACCGUCAAUUCCGGCUUGACCAGUGUUUGGGACGAUUCACCGAUCUUCAACCACUAUCAUUUUCGCUUGAUAUUUUGUCGUAUGUGAUCCAUUUUUCGUCGCCAGUCACCAUCCACUUCAAAAGUGGGUCGAGUUAGUUCCGUUUCAGCAGCAUAUCGCGUUAAUUCGGUCCUGCAGGAUGUUUUACGUCAAAUCAUGCAGCACCCAAUUAUCAAGCUUUUUUUUGCAUCCAGCUUUCUGCAGAUGGUUUAAAAUGGUUUGAUGACUAACUCCCAUCUCUUGGUCGAUGUCACGAAAUGCCACAUGCCAGUCUAACUCGAUGACUUUUACUUGAUUUGAUUGGUAUUCGUCGUCACCGGUCUUCCGCCGGCUAGCUUAUCCAUAGUGUCGUUUCCUCCGGCUCUGAAUCGUCAAAACCAUUUCUCCGCGAUUCGAAGUGAUAGGGUACCAUCCCCCAAAACACAAUUAAUCUUACAGAACGUUUCUCUAGCGGAUCUAUUUUUAACGAAGGAAAAAUAGAAAUAGCGUGAAUUUCGGCGUUAGUAAACUCCAUGUUUACACGUCUAUAACUGUUGAAUGCAAUAUCCAAACUAUUCAUGCAUAGCGUCCUUUUGUAGGUUAUGUCAAGACUUUCCAAAUGAUGUAUAGCAUUGCCAGAUACGAGCUCUGAACCGCUUUGUACAUAACCGUGAAAUUCAAAAGACAGAGAUAUUUUCCAACCCUUACUAUCCUUUGAACCGUUGUUAUUCUUGGUGAUACUCAGCUUUUCGCCCUCAUUUAGUCGAUGGUAGAGUGGAAUUUAAGACAAGUCGUAUAAUUAACCGCUUUUCUCAUGGUAUUCUUGUUUCUGCCUUGUCCCCAUCGCGAUUUUUCCAUAUUUUUGUGGGUCAGCAAUAUGAUUCCUUACAACUUCUUUACAUCUGUUAAGUCUCCUUGUUUAUUUCACAUCCUGAGAGUCGUAAAUCCUUCUGACCAUAUAUUUUUGGUCUUUCUGUAGCUGUCAAAGUCUUUCCAGAACCCAUGUGCGUUUCAAAUUAAUUGAAAACUGUUGUUUUCAACACUCUUUUAGAUAUUCUGAACAAACAUUUUUAAAAGAUCAAACUUGAAAACUCCUGCACGGAAAUAUUCGCAGUGGCCUUUUUUAGAAGUUAACUAUUUGACAUUGGGAAAUUUCAAAGCUCGUUUCUAAUAUUCUCUUUAAUUUUAAGAUUUUGUAGUAGUGAAAUACAUACCUAUUCACAGGUAGUAAAAGUCUUCAGGUUCAACAAUUCCAGCAGCUAUAAAACGCGAAUAUCUAUUCCAAAAUGUGUGGUCUCAUCUUAGUGGUUGGCAGUGUAACAUGGAAUGAGCUAGCUUGUGAUGAGUUCGAUAUGUUAAGUUGUGUUAAGCCCGAAAAAAUACAUCAAUCUUUCCAAAAAGAGACGAAAAUACAAAAAUCUUUUUAGUCAAAAAUACGAGUUAUUCAAAAAAAUACUACUUCUCUACUAUCACUACUAUAAAACUACUAUAGUUAAAAAAUACAACCGGCCUAGUCUAAUGCGGGCUUAAGCCAAAUGAUUCCUGCAUAUUUUCUUAAUACAAUUUAAAUUACAAUUAUAGCCUAUAUUAAAACAAACAAAAAUAUUAAUUAUAUUAUCGAAUUGUUAUUACUUCUGCGCACUUCAAUACUGCGACGAAUCGGAAUGGGGCUGGGUCUGUUUUUUAAAGAUAGUUAAGCUAUUACAAUAUUUAUUAUUAUGAACAUAGUUUUUAAAAUUAUAUAGUAUAUACAUAUUUCUCAAUUUAUCUUUUUAUUAUUUGUAUUUUUGUUGGUCUUUUCUAUUUUCUGAGACGUAUUCUGAGAUUAAAAAACAAAAAACACAUAACACUCUCACACCCCCUAUGUCCGAUCGUACUUAAUAAGCUUUAAACAAAAAUAAUAAAUAAUAUAAAAAUUGAAAACAAAACAAAAAUAUCCAAUUUUUAUGAAGAUUAUUA